ACAUCAGAGACUACGGAGACUUAAGAUACUGAGUAUCUUAAAUAUAUAGUUUAUGGUUCAGAUCUAUUAUAUUAUUUCGUAUACAUUGAUUUAUACUUUAUUAUUAACACUUUAGAAAAAUUGCUAUUUUUAAAAUGGAUUCAGGUGAAGUGUCUCCCCAAAAGAAGCAUAAAAAACAUAAACACAAAAAACAUAAAAAGAGAAAGAUAAUACACGAUGAUAGCGAUGGUUUUACUGCUGAAGCUCCAGAAGGUGAAAGAAAAAAAACAUUUAAAGUUAAAGUGAAGAAAGAAGAUGAAAGAAGUAUAGAAAAGGUUCGUGAAAAAUCUACCAAGAUAACCAAUUUAAGUUCAGCAGGAUGUGUAGCUACAUCUUCUUCAAAAGUUACAACAAAAAAAAAGAUACCAAAGAGUAAUAGAGGAAAAGACAGUGGUACCAGUAGCGAAGAAGAAAGAUGGCUGGAUGCCAUCGAAUCUGGAAAGCUUGAAGAGGUAGAUGAUGAAUUGAAAAAGAUUAAACCAAAAGAUCCAAAAUUAAUGACUGCACGACAAAGGGCAAUGUUUGAAAGAAAAACAGAUACAGAACCAAAUCCAGGAGUAGAACGACUUAUGUCAUUACCAACGGGAUACAAAGAAAAGGUUAUGACAGCAGAAGCAAUUCAAAAAGCUGCUCUUAAGUCUUUGAAAAGAAAACAACUUGCUGAUGAGAAAAGGGAAAAAGAUAAAAAAAAAACGAUGGAAAGAUUAUUAAAAAAACAGGAGUCAAAAGCAUCCAAAAUAAUUGGUAAAGGUAAACCAUCUAAGAGACAAGUUCCACUUGUUACUUAUCGUAUGACAACAGGAGGAAGUUCAAUAUCUUUACCUCCGGGAGAAGAAUUUCCAUUAAAACCAUCAAAAGUGAGAGAAUUACCAAUACCAGUUCUGUGUGGUGUAAAUAAGUGUAAAAAUCCAAAGAGAUAUUCUUGCUCUAAAACAGGUGUUCCUUUGUGCAGUUUAGAAUGUUAUAAAACGAAUAUGUUAUUAAAAGUAUGAUCGUAAAUGUAAAUUGAUGUUAGGAAUGUGUACAAAUAUUAGAAAUAUGAACAAUUUAAGAGUAAAUUUGUAUAAAGCUA